UCUUAACUGUGCUUGCCACUGGGUUUCUGCACACCCUCACAGCAGUCAUUACUCAAACACACCGUCACAUCCACGCCUGCAGCAGUAAACAUAUGGAGUACUACUGCUGCCUCCUGCUCUGGAUUUUCAGCCAGCAUUUAGGGUUCCAUGACUGCUUCAAUAUUGACACAAAGAAAUUCAGAAUCAUCAAAGGUCCCAAGCAAACCCAGUUUGGAUACACCGUUCAGCAACAUGUUGCUGCAGGAGGAGAUAAAUGGUUAUUAGUGGGCGCACCAUAUGAAAUGACUGGGCCUUACCAAACAGGGGACGUAUAUAAAUGCGCACUGAGCAAACGAACCAACGGCAACAGUUGCUCAAAGCUCAAUUUAGGAAAGAUAUCUCUGACCAACGUAUCAGAACGAAAGGACAAGAUGAGGCUGGGAAUGACGCUGGUGUCUAACCCUGUAGACAGGAGCUUUGUGGCUUGUGGGCCAUUAUGGUCGUAUGAGUGUGGCAGCUCUUACUACAGCACAGGAAUAUGCUCCAAAGUUAACGCAGGCUUCAAGUUUUCCAGAACAAUUAUCCCUGCCUUUCAGAGAUGUGAAACCUUUAUGGACAUCGUAAUUGUUCUCGAUGGCUCCAACUCCAUCUAUCCCUGGUAUGAAGUGCGGGAUUUUCUCGUAAAUAUUCUUCAGAAGUUCCAUGUUGGACCGGGACAAAUACAGGUUGGAGUCGUCCAGUAUGGCGAGAAGGUGGUGCAUGAAUUUAAACUCAGCGAUUACAAGUCUGUGGAGGAGGUGGUAAAUAGAGCACGCAGUAUCGAUCAGCGGGGUGGAGAGGAGACCAACACAGCUCUUGGCAUUAGCACGGCUCGCUCACAAGCUUUCAAACAAGGAGGUCGACGGGGUGCCAAGAAGGUAAUGAUUGUUAUAACUGAUGGAGAGUCUCACGACAGCGCGGAUCUCAAGCAAGUCAUCGAGGACAGUGAGAAGGAUGGCAUCACCCGUUAUGCCAUUGCUGUGCUUGGCUACUACAACCGCAGAGGAAUCAAUCCUGAGGCCUUCCUUAAUGAAAUCAAGUACAUCGCCAGCGACCCCGAUGAUAAGCACUUCUUUAAUGUGACAGACGAGUCAGCUCUAAAAGAUAUUGUCGAUGCUCUUGGGGAACGGAUCUUCAGCCUUGAAGGAACCAGUAAGAAUGGCACGGCGUUUGGUCUCCAGAUGUCUCAGGCAGGUUUUUCGGCGCACAACGUGGAGGAUGGGAUUUUGGUGGGUGCGGUCGGUGCUUAUGACUGGAACGGAGCAGUGCUGAAGGAAACACGACAGGGAAAGGUGAUCCCUCCAAAAUCGUCCUACAUGCAGGAGUUUCCUGAAGAGCUUAAAAACCAUGGCGCAUACCUGGGGUAUACUGUGACAUCUGUGGUGUCGUCCAGAAAUGGUCGCUUGUUUGUAGCAGGAGCUCCACGAUUCAACCACACUGGCAAAGUCAUUAUCUUCACUCUGACGAACGCGGGGAACCUCACCAUCCUGCACUCACUGAAGGGCCACCAGUGUCUGAUUCUGACACUUGUAAAACUUUUAAAAGCUAAAAAGCAUUGGCUCUACUACGGCAGUGAGAAGAUUGCACCUGUGGACAUCGAUGGAGACGGCAUAACCGACAACCUUCUUGUGGCAGCCCCCGAUGUUCUUCAGCGCAGGACUGGAGAAAGGAAGGUCUACAUCUACAGAGUCACUGAGCUGGUGGUACAACUCUUUGAAUCGUCUCGUUACUGA